AUGAUUAUCCCUUCUGCUCUGUAGCAAUUUUACGGGAAAAACAGGACGGCAUUUUCCCUUGCACUGUGAUAUUUUACUUCUCAGCCCCGAUAUAUAUCGUUAUGGUAAAGCAGAGCAUAAAGCAGGCGCCAUUUUCCUGUAGCCUUACGCUGUGGGGAAAGUAACGGUGCGGCGAUCACAUGAUGAGGACUCCCAGAAACCUCUGCGGUGCUCAAUCGGUUUCCAUUGAUGUUUAUAGGAGCGGCUAUGAACGGGAGCGUCUCAUGAAGGAGUUAUCUUUUUUGCAGCCUCAGAAUUGUCACUGCUGAGGUCCUUGCAUGGUCUGGGUCCUCUCCAUGACUGAUCGGCUGAGGAUGAAGACUGACAAUGAUGAGAUGACCAAGAGGAUACUAAGUGUCACCCUGGAGAUCAUCUACCUGCUGACCGGAGAGGAUUACGGACCAGUGAAGAAGUCCACCAAACCUUUGAGAGGACAUAGCAGGGCUCAGAACCUCACAACAGGGUCUCCUCCUCACUCACUGAUACAAAAGAGACACCAUAAGAGCAUCCUAGACCUCACCAACAAGAUCAUUGAGCUGCUGACUGGAGAGGUUUCUGUAAGGUGUCAGGACGUCGCUGUCUAUCUCUCUGUGGAGGAGUGGGAGUACUUAGAAGAACAGAAGGAUCUGUACAAAGACGUCAUGAUGGAGAUUCAGUCGCCCGUCGCAUCACUGGAUGGGUCCAAUAAGAGAAUCUCAGUGAAGAGACGUCCCAGUCCUGACUAUCCACAGGAGUCUACAGAGGAAAGUCACAGUGUCCCCCAGGAUGAUCAGGAUGGAAGCUUAACAAUGAUUAAAGUUGAAGUUGUGGAGUCGGAUGUAUUAGAAGACGGGGAGGAUAUGGAGAAGCUUCCCCAGGAUAUCAGCCCAGAUGAGUCCAGUAAGAGAAAUGCAUCAAAGAGACAUCCCAGAAUGGUCGAUCCACAGGAGUCUACAGAGGAAAGUCCCAGCGUACCGGAGGAUGAUGAAGAUGGAAGCUUAAGAAUUAUCAAAGUUGAAGUUAUGGAGACGAAGGUGUGGGAGGAGGAGGAGCCGUGUGAUCAGAAGACUCUGGCAGAUAUCAGCCCAGGUCCAGCCUCGUCCAGUCUGGAUAACAUAUUCCCCUGUACUGAAUGUGGUAAAUAUUUUACCCAUAAGUCAAAACUUAAUAGGCACAAACGGACCCACACGGGCGAAGCUCCAUUUUCAUGUCCUGACUGCGGGAAAUGUUUUAAACACAAAACUUCACUCGUCGACCACCAGAGAAUCCACACGGGAGAAAAGCCCUUUGCCUGUUCUUACUGCGGGCAGAGAUUCGCCCAUAGGUCCAUUGUCAUCGACCACGAGAGGACUCACACGGGCUUCAAGCCCUUCUCAUGCUCCUUUUGCGGUCAGAGCUUCACCAUGAGAUCCACGUACGUGAACCAUUUGAGGAUCCACACGGGGGAGAAGCCAUUCUCCUGCACAGAUUGCGGCAAAUGCUUCACCCAGAAGUCCGCACUUGACAAACAUCGGUUCCUUCACACUGGCGAAAGGCCGUUCUCAUGCUCUGAGUGCGGGAAGAGUUUUUCGAGACGAUCGCUUCUUGUAGAACACGAGAGGACUCACACCGGGGAGCGGCCAUUUUCAUGUUCUGAAUGCGGAAAAUCGUUUGCCCACAAAUCCACCCUCUCUGCGCACAAAAUAAGCCACUUGGGGCUGAAGAUGUUCUCCUGUUCUCAGUGCAACAAAUCCUUCACAACCAAAAAAGGUCUUGUAAGACACUGGCAGAUCCACGCAGGAGAUAAGUAAUGACGAUUCACCCAGUAGGGUGGCAAGUGGAAUCUCACCUGAGAUUGUGGGUGUGGACCCAAAAUGAUGGGCGCAUUAGAAGAAAGAGGGAUCUGAUCUCCUCAGAGACCCAUACUCGGGCUGAAACUGGAGAUGGCUCUUGUGGUUGCAUUCAGGAACAGCCUCCACCAUCAGGAGUUAUCAAGCAUAGGAAUCCCUUGAAACCCUUACACCUCCAAGGACAACCUGUCAUAGGGUGGAAACUCUCUUACUUUGAGAGUUGGCACCUGGUAUCAUGGAACCACUGAACUGUACAGACAUUGCAGAAGCUAAAACUCCUGUCACGAGUUGGCAGAGAAUAGUACCAACUUAAGCUUGUGUUGGACAGGAAGUAGCGGUCAGCCAUAUUGGUUGUAUGCGCCACUAUCCAGACUGAGAGCCUUUCCCUCUGUAAGUUCUCCCUGGAAAUCAAUCACAUGAGAAGCCUCCUGUUGGCUCAAUCCCCCCAAGUGCAGAAACACUUAUGUCUAAACCUGUGUCAUCGAGUGUGAAACAUCAUCUGAUAUCGCUGAUCCAAAUGUCCCAUGUAUCAAACAUAAAUAUAUUGUGUAGACAACUCUCGUAAAUUGUCGAUGGAGUCUCCGGGAACGGCCUGCUGCUCCGUGUAGAGAGGAAGGACAUGAUGGAGCAGCACUGAUAUUUCCCUCCUCAGCUGUAAGGCUUCUUCUCAGUCUACAUAGAGAAAAACAGCCUUCUGUUCCCUGCGCUUGCUUGGCAGCCUCUUGGCAUUGAGCGCAGUCGCAGACAUCACUAGUGGUGUUUUGGUCUUAUCUGAAUUGUGUUCUCUUCACCCCUCUGACUCUCAGCACCCCCUCUGAUCAGCUGUUUGAAGGGGCCGCGGCAGUUGUGCGCGCUCUUCAGUGUUCACCUGCACGCCGUCUACAUUGCAGCGGGGGUGCAGGGUAACGCACUUUCCUAUUACUUGAAAUGGGAAGAACAGUUAUAAUUACCCUGCACCCCCGCAGUGUAGACGGGGCUCAGGUGAACACGGUGCAGAGUCAGACCCCCAACGAUCUGAAGAUACCUCAUCAAUAUCAUGAAGCUGGAAUACCUCUCUAUUCUCUGCAUCGAAAACAUGUUCCCACUGGAAACUUUCCCAAAAAUGUUUGCCCGUAUUUCUCGAGUUUGUGAUUAUCGACCUUCACUGUGACGCUCCUGAUGCUCAGGACACUGAUCACAUUCUGCAGAUUCUGAGCUGUUCUGUUGGGGUAAGAACAGAGGGUCCGCCUGCCCCCCACCGCCAGACCCUGCUCAUGUGGCCAGUGGCAGCACAGUUCUGAAGGUAAUGCCUCUGCGUGUCGGUUGCAGUUGCUGUUUUUAAGCCCCCCACGGGGAGAGAAGUGAUUUCUGCCUUUUGUGUGUGGUAAGGAAUCAUGUAUUUAAUUCUGAUUAAAUGUCAGCAGAAGAGGAAGAUUGUGUUUACUGUGUCUUUAAAUGUCCCUGGUGGUGGCGGCCAUAUCCUACACCUCCUUCCUGUGCAGCAGGGUGUGUGCGCUUUAUGGCAGCUGCAAUGACUCCCUGUGCAGCAGGGUGUGUGCGCUUUAUGGCAGCUGCAAUGACUUCCUGUGCAGCAGGGUGUGUGCGCUUUAUGGCAGCUGCAAUGACUUCCUGUGCAGCAGGGUGUGUGCGCUUUAUGGCAGCUGCAAUGACUUCCUGUGCAGCAGGGUGUGUGCGCUUUACGGCAGCUGCAAUGACUUCCUGUGCAGCAGGGUGUGUGCGCUUUAUGGCAGCUGCAAUGACUUCCUGUGCAGCAGGAUGUGUGC